GGGAGAGGGCGGUGAUGCGGCUGGAGGUGCCGAUCAGUGUCAGGUUGGAGAGGAGACGAGAGGGAGCUGCGAGCGCUGGAAGAAUAGGUCGUUGAAUGGAAAGACGUAUUCAUGGAGAGAUGGCUGACCAGCCCAUAUCUGUGGGUCAGGGGGUCCAAAUUCGAUUUAUCGACGACUUGAAAGAGAACCACAAGCCGCGGAGAGGACGGUCGAAGCAGGAGUCCUACGGGGUGGCCAUCCGCGUCCAAGGAAUUGAUGGACAACCUUUUGUGGUUCUGAACAGCGGAGACAAAGCCAAGUCUUCAUACGGCGUUCAGAUAAAAACCGACAAUGGCUAUGGAAACGCGCCCCCCAACCCCCCACCUGACUACCAGGGAAUCGCCUCCAAGGCCAAUCACACGGUCCGGUCUAUCGACGUGGACAUGCCAGAAAACCCCUACGAGAUGAAGGGGGGCUUCAGACCGCCUGGAUCGCAGUACAGCAGCACUUCAGACGAAGAGCAGAAUGCCAAGCCUCGCAGUAAGCCACGGGCCCUACAGCCUACGCGAAGGGAGGAGCUUAGGAGAUCCCAGUCGCACAACUCCUUACUGGACCAUGAAUUGGAAGAUUCAUGCGGCAAUGAUGGACACUACAGCGAGCGGUCCUCCACUCUCGACACAACGUACUCUCAGUCUUCCAGCAGCCGCGGCAGUCUGAAGAAGCUCGAUAAUGGCGACUACUCGACCAGAGGCGGGUACAAGCCAGCGACCAGCCAACAGCCUACCUCCUAUUCCAGCAGGUCUUCCCAACAGAGGAAGGACAUCCCCUCGCCCUCUUCACCAAAGCUGCCGAGCGUGGACAUCGACACCAAACCCCUCUCCUCCGUCGACUCGCUCAUCAAUAAAUUCGACACCCAGACCAAGAUGCGGGGGAGGACGGGGCGACGCAGCCAAGUUCUGAAAGAGGACCGAAAACGGUCUCAGAGCCUGGACGGGCGGAAGUCUCGCCAAGACACCACCGACAGCCGGGAGGUCCAAACGGUGGAGAGGAUUGUACAGCCAGAGAGUCGAGUGUUCACCAGGCAGUCGCUGGAGAAGGAGGACAUCAACAGAACCCGACUGACCAAAGAGUGGCUGGACCAAACCUUGGAGGAACCGGUGAUCCAAAGACCGCAGAGGACGGUGCAGGCGGAAAUGCAGCAGCUGAAAAGUACCCCAGACCUCCUGAAGGACCAGAAAAAAGACGAAAGUGACCCCACUCGGGAAAUGAUUUACAGCAUCCUGCGGGACGGAUCUAAUGACAGUGAGGUGAUGCUGAGGAAGAAGACCGGCCUUCUCCUGGAGAAGUUUCAAGCCUUGCGGACCUCUCCUGGAGAAGACACCCGAACUUUUGUUAACCAGAAUAAGGAACUGGAGAAGAAAGUUUCUCAGCUCCAGCAACAGCUUGACGAUGAGAUAAAGCAAAGGAUGAAGCAGGAGAUCUCGCGGGAUCGUCCCACAGCUUCUGUACAGAGAUUGGAAAUCAAGCUGGAGGAGAGCAUGGAGGAAUGUAAGAAGCUGAGAGAGUUGGUGGAGAAGAAGAAAAAUGAGCUGAGCUCUAUGAAUCAAGAGUUGAUCGAAGUUCGGAUGAGCAAAGAACAGGUGGAAACCAAAAUGAGGUCCCUGGAGGUGAAGCUGCAGGACGCCAAGGAAGAGGUGACCAGGCAGCGGACGCAGGGGGUGUCGGGAGACAAGAGCGCCCUGUUGAAGGAGCUGCAAGAGAUGCAAGACGAACUGGACGAUGUUCUGCAGAUCCGCUACAAGCAGGACGAGCUGCUGAGACAGAAGGAUCGCGAACUGACCGCCCUGAAGGGGGCGCUGAAAGACGAGGUGGCCAAUCACGACAAGGAGAUGGACCAAACGCGUCAGCAGUACCAGAAGGACUUGCAGCAGCUAAGGAAAAACAUGGACAACGUGUCCCAGGAUCAGAUCAGCCUGGAGUCCGAGCGUCAAAAGAUCAAUCAGGUGGUGAGGAACCUACAGAGGGAGUUAGAGGAGAGCAGUGAGGAGAUCAACCAAUGGAAGGAGAUGUUCCAGAAGAACAAGGAGGAACUUCGCAGCACAAAGCUCGAAAUCUUACAGCUCAAGACUGAGAAGGAAGAAUUCGAGGACGAGCUGAGCGAGAUGAAGGAUCGGUUUUCCCUUGUGCAGUCUGAGCUGGAACGAGCAAAAAAGGGCUCUAUGGAGGCCGGAGAGGUGGAGACUACCAAGAGGGAGCUGCAGCGCUCCCAAGAUGAGCUCCGCCAGCUGUCUCAGGAGAAGCAGAAGGCGGAGGAGACUGUGCAGAAGCGAGACCGGGAGCUUUUUGCCCUGAAGGGGGCGCUUAAGGACGAGGUGUCCGGACAUGACCACGAGAUAGAGAAACUGCAAGAGCAGCACAGCCGAGAGCUGCAGCAGACCAAGAAAACCUAUGAAGAAAGGCUGAAGGAGUCGCAGAGCUUCCAGGAUCAGCUUCACCAGAUGUCUCAGGAAAUGCAGAGGGUGGAGGAGACUCUGUACCAACGGGACAGGGAGCUCUCUGCCCUGAAGGGGGUGCUGAAGGACGAGGUGUCCGGACACGACCGCGAGACAGAAAAACUACGAGAUCAGUACAGCCGUGAAGUUCAGCAAACCAAGAGCGACUACGAUGAGCUUCUCAAGAUAAAGAAGAAGAUGGAAGACGAGAAGGCGGAGUUUGACCGCACGCGGCAGAUCAUUGAAAACCAUCUGCAGGAUGCGCGGGAUGAAAACGACGACCUUAGGAGGCAGAUCCUGGGGCUGGAGUCUCAGGUGAAGGAGUUGAAGACGUUCUGUGAUGACCUUCAGAGGGCCGAGGGUCGCCUUAAGGAAAAGAUCGGCAGAAUGGAGACUGAGAAGAAGAGGAUGGAGGAUUCUCUGGGGCAAGCCACAGACCAAGAACAUGAAUUUGCCAUGACAAAACGGGAGAUGGAGAACCGGCUGGACGAGGCUCAGAGGAGCCUGAAAAGGCUGACGCUGGAGUACGAUGAACUACAAGAGUGUUACCAAGAGGAGAUGAGGCAGAAGGAUCUACUGAAGAAGACCAAGAAUGAGCUGGAGGAUCAGAAGAGGCUGCUUGACAAAUCCAUGGAUAAACUGACCCGAGAGCUGGACAGCAUGUCGAACGAGUCCCGGGGUUCCCUCGAGAUGCUGCAGACACAGCUGGAGGAAUAUAAAGAGAAGUCUCGCAAGGAGGUCAACGAGUCACAGAGAGAGGCCAAGGAGAGAGCAGGCGAGGCUGAGAGACUGCAGCUCAAUCUCAACCGGAUGCAAGAAGAGGUGCAGCGGCUGAAGCAAGCUCUACAGGACAGUCAGGUGGAGAGGGAGAAUGCAGUGCUGGACAAGGAGCUGGUCAGCCAACGGCUGCAGAAUCUGGAGCAAGAUGUGGAGACCAAGAGACGUUCUCAGGACGAUCGUUCCCGCCAGGUGAAAGUGCUGGAGGACAAAAUGAAGCGUCUGGAGGCGGAGCUGGAUGAAGAGAAGAGUACGGUGGAGCUGAUGACGGACCGGAUGAACCGCAGCCGAGACCAGAUGGAUCAGCUGAGGGCGGAGCUAAUGCAGGAGCGAACCAGUCGGCAGGACUUGGAGUGUGACAAAGUGUCCCUGGAAAGACAGAACAAAGAUUUGAAGAGCCGUCUGGCCAGCAUGGAGGGGCAGCAUAAGCCCAGCGUCAACUUGUCCCAGCUGGAGGCUAAGUUGCAGGAGGUUCAGGAGAGACUGCAGACCGAGGAGAGGGAGAAGAGCACCUUACUGUCCUCCAACCGCAAGCUGGAGAGGAAGCUGAAGGAAUUGAACAUCCAACUGGAAGACGAGAGACUCCAAGUCAAUGACCAGAAGGAUCAGCUCAACUUGCGGGUGAAGGCUCUGAAGAGGCAGGUGGAUGAGGCAGAGGAGGAGAUCGAGCGCCUGGAAGGGAUGCGAAAGAAGGCCGUACGAGAGUUGGAGGAACAACACGAGAUGAAUGAACAGCUACAGGCCCGAAUGAAAUCACUGGAGAAAGAGACUAGGCGAAAGCCAGUCCGUCCCACCGCUGAUGAUGACUUGAGUUCUGAUGGUGAAUUUGAUGAUGUCAGGACCUCAGUGACAUCGCACUGGGGUGGGAGGAGUCCUGCCGCCUCGCACCUCCCUCAGGAAUUACGCUGACGUCCCGAUUUCGGAAAUUUGUAUGCCAGUCGGGCGUUUGAAGAAGCUACAUUUUUUGUUUUUCAUCUGCAGAAUGAGAAUUCUUUGUAUAUCGGGAGAUGUGAUUUUUGUAUCUGAUCUGCGAGUGCUUUUCAUUUUGUGCGCUGCGUACAGACGCGUUAAUAAAAAUCGACUUGAAUUUGUA